AGUUCUGCGUUUCACCAUGCUACCCUUGAAAUUCCUUUAUGGCAUUAAGAUUAAAGUGCAGGGAGCCACAAACUUAAAUCUGAAAGGGCCUUAUGUCAUCAUCUCUAAUCUGCAGUGCUCCAUGGACUUGCUGGGGAUUUUUCAAAUCUUGCCCAAGCAAUGUACCCUUUUCAUCAAGAAAGAAGUCCUGUAUAUGCUUACCGUUGGUGCUGUCCUGUGGCUAUGUGGUUUCAUUUUCAUUGACCAUAAAAAGGAAGCAGAAGCAGUUGAGAUAAUGUCAGCAACUGGAGACACCAUGCUCCGGGACCAUGUGAGUAGGGGAGGACAGCAAUACAUAGCCACUGCAUUGCUUCCUGUAUUCAUGGAAUCAUAGAGUUGGAAGGGACCUUGGAGGCCUUCUAUCUAGUCCAACUCUCUACCCAAGGCAGGAGUCCUGAUACCUGGGGAAACUAUUGGUUCUUCUAACAGCCCAAAGAUAACCUUCCCCAAGAAGAUGCGCAACGGAUAUUACACAGUGCAUUACAUAUUGUGUGAUAUUCGCUGAAUAUGAAUUAGCACAGAGAAACAUUGUGUUAGGUGCUAUUUGGAUACUACUGGCUGUGCCGUGUAAGUAGGAAUCACAAUUACUGGAUGAAACUAGACUCUCGUGACUAAUAAACAUUCAAUUUUAUGGAAAGUUUACUUAUGGAAUAAGGCACUUUUGCAUAACGAUGCAGUAAAACUAACAUCCUAAAUGCAGUUAAGUGGAAACAUCCACUCUUCUAUCAGCACAAAAUAUAAUAUAUGUUGAUGGAAGAUAAGAAUUGGACAAAGUAAAAAGAAUAACAUGGAGAAGCAUGAAUGUUAAUCCUAUUGCUUAUUUCCAAUACCUGUGUGUUUCUCUGUGCUAAUUG